UGCCGUUUGUUUCCCUUCGUUUCCCGCACCAACUCGACUCAACGAUUCGACUUUAAAAACUUCGACCACCAUCUCACGAACCUUUCCGAAUCCCAUUCAUUGUGCUAGACUCGUCUUUUUCAUACCAAAUGGCUUCAAUGAUCUUCUCAGAUGAGGAGGCCAAGUACCUUCGGGCGGUCCUCAAGUGGCAGGAGAAGCCACCCGACGACAAGCGUGCAAGUUGGUUCUUAGGCCUGCGCAUGCCAGAGAAAAAGCCUGUCGGCGAGUUUCGCGUGUUGGUGAUCGGGGCCAAGGGUGUGGGCAAGACGUCCAUUCUGAAGAAAUUCUGCACGGGUGUUUUUCCCGAUCCGUCGAGUCUGGCCACAUCAGGCAACAUCAAUGGGUGCCGACGUAACAUCACCAUCGAGUCAAAUGAGGGCAAACAGGUCGAGUCAAAUCUGUAUACCGUCGACGCCCUCGAGCUGCCCAUCGAGCACCUCUCCUCGCCAGAACAUCUCUCCCAGGCCCUGGCCAUCACAGACGCCGCAGUUCUGGUAUAUGACAUCACAGAGCCGGCCUCGCUCACUUACCUCAAGUCACUCGCAAACAACAUCUACACCUCGAUCCACCCAGGCAGCACCGCAACCACCCCGACCAAGAAGAAAGGCGGAUUCCAUCUCCCCGGCUCGCCUACCAGAAGAGACACCUGCGACGUGACUCGAACUUCGAAACCAUACCACUUCCUACUCAUCGGCGCAAAGCGAGACGUGUCCGACCCGCUCCGUGAGGUGACCUGGCUCGAGGGACAGAUAGCCGCAGAGGAGUUUUUUGGGCCCUCGGGGAUCGCCGCGGGUGCCAGCGUGGGCUUCAUGGAGGUGUCAGCUCGCACGGGCGAGCAGGUCGGGGCCAUCUUCCCGUCUCUGGGCCGUGAGGUGCUCAAGAGCCGGAGGGAGAGGCAGGCAUCGUCUUCGCAGAAGUACUUACUGUCGGCGCAAGGAUCUGGUGGGUUGUCUGGAUGGGACAUUUCUAAUUUUGACCAUGACGGGGACGAUACUGAUGAUGACGGGCAUACAGAUGGAAGCGGCACCAUGGCGGGCUCGGUAAGGCGGAGAUGGAUUGCGUUGAAGGCAAGCUUGACCGCGUCGAUUUUCAGGAGGUGAGGGGCGUGGUGAUGAAGGUCGCGGGAUCGUGCCUGCAUGUGUAUUGGGUUAAUACCGCCUGUACGGGGGCAGCAGUUGCUGGGCAGGGAGGUAUGUUCCCG